CCUUCAGCAGUUAGAAUGAUUUAAUAACUCCAUUGUUUGUUAAAUGGGUGGUGGUUGAACUGUAAAAAUAUCGCCACAGCAACAACCUAUUAUGCUCACAACUUUUUUUCUCUCCCUCCACCACCACCCAAGUUUUUUUUCUAUUUAACUGGGUGUGCCUCUGCUCUGUAAUAUGAGAGCCACAUGACCAAUAGGAAGACAAACAGUCUGUUAGUGUAUUUCUUCCGCAAACUUUAUAAGCAGUGUUAGAUGAGAAGAUCGAUACCAUUGUCAUGCCUGCCUGUUCAAUUUGGAGCUAGAGCCAGCAGCUGGUUAGAUUAAUUUAGUACUGAGACUUGAAACAAGGGGAAAGGGUUAACAUAAACCCUGUCCAAAGUUUUUGCCGUGUUGUACGAGGAGCAAGGGAGAAGGCCACAGUCCAACAACACUGGAAAAGAGCUAAUCAGUCUGAGAGACAUCAGCAAACAUGGCAAACCAGCUACAGAAGAUUGUAGCAGAGAAGAAGGAUAUGGUGGAGACGGUGAUGGAAGUGUUUGAACAGGGAGCUGAAGUGGUGGCCAGUAUCGCCGGCGACCUUUUCCCUGUUUUCUCCAUCGCUGCUCCAAUUGUUAAACUGGCUCUGGACAAUGUAGAGAGCAAAGAGGCUGCGUUCAUGAAGGAGCAGUUUCAGAAGGUGCGAGAGCGUCUGGAGGUGGUCUCAGAGGAGAUUCAGAGGAUCAACGAUGAGAUCAAGAAGAGCGGAUUGGAUGCCGUGUAUUUCCCGCUGGAGGAGAACAUCACUAACCAGUUCAGGAAGUACAUGGACAUCCUCAAUGCCAAACCCAAGUUCCGGGAAGUCAAAAAGAAGCUUUUCCUGGAGCAUUUCGCCAAGACAGGAGGUGACAAAAACCUUAUCACCCUUUACAAUGCUGUGACGGGGGAUAACUUCUCUGGGGAAUCUGUGCUUGAGAUCACUCUGAACUACGAGGAGAAAAGUCGCCGGCCAGUGGAGGACUUCUGUGCUAGGCUGAAGAAGCUCUUCUGUAUCGGGCUCAUUGCGCUGUUGGGCCACGCCGCUCUGAAGGGAUAUGAUGAGGAGGAUGCGCUUCUGAAAGACUGGGGUGAGAAGAUGAAGGUUGUCCAGGAUAAAAUGAAUGUUGUCAUUGAAGACUGCAUCGUCAGCUUCCCCAAACAGGCUGAGUUGGAUUCCCGUCGACUGGUGAGAGACCGGCCAAACUUAACCAACCAGCAACUAGCAGAUGCUAUCAUAGAGACAUUAAAGAAGAAGUAUGACUGGGUGGGCUGGUCUGUGCGCAUAUUCAAGUCCCCUACAGGCCUGUUCGCCAACAAGAAGGAUUUCCACUGCCCAACAGGGAGGAGUCGCUUCGAGGUCCCCUCAUCAGAUGAGAAACUUAACAUCUGGGUGUCCUACAGCUCCUCGCCUGAGCCUGUGGAUAAGAAUCACAUCCAGCAGCUGAUCCAGAGUCAGAAGAAAGUCACGGUGCCGAGUGUAGCAGAGCUCCUCUUUGAGAAGUUGCCCGGCGACUGCGUGGUCCACACUGUGAAAACCAGCAAAGACCUGGCCUGCUCCUGGAGCUUCGCAGAUGAUCUCCACUACUGGGACGAGCACAAAAACUUCUACGUCUGCGCUCACUCAGCUUGAAGUUGUAGACACUGAAAAAACACUCAAAAGUCAUUCUCAUUCUAUGUUUGUAGGCCACUUUGUUACACCAACAAUCAUAGAGUCUAAUGCUGCCUCUCUACUUGGCCUUAGCAGUGGAAUAUUACACAGUAUGUGCCUUAAUUUCACCUAUCAAUAGCCCCCUUUCACUGAAUUAUUCCCUUUUUCUGAGAACGUUCACUGUGAGUUUGUUGAAGUCAGCUUCAUUUUAUAUAGUCCAAUAUGACCAAUCACAAAUAUGCCUCGAGGGGCUAUACAAUCUGUGCAGCAUACGACACACAAACCGACCAAUCUCGCUUAGGAUAUGGAAAAACUCCACAAAAAACACUUAAAUGGGGGAUAAAAAUGAAACAAGCCUCAGGAAGAGCAACAGAGGACAGUCCCCUCUUCCAGGACAGACAGACUAGCCAUAAAUGUCUUGUGUGCAGACUUCCACAACAUGAACUAGAUUCUUUAACUUAUAAUAAUUACCUUCUUGAUCACAUGGAGCUGUACUUUGCUUAUUUCUCAGAAUGAAUGGAAGAGCUUAGCCUUGGUUUAUGCUGUAUUAUAUCUAAGUGGUUUUGUUAUGUAGUUAGUGAAGCUGACAGUUGCAGAGUAAUUCUCAUAUAAGAUCUACAACUGCAUUUUCUUCUGUCAUUAUAAAUUUAAGGGGGACCUGGUUGUUUUGUUACAGUGGGAUGUGCUGGGAAAGCUGUUGAUUUAGAAUCCGGGUGUCAUACGGAGAUUAAGUUUUGCUCUUAGAGAUAAGCGGGGACCUCGCCCUGUUGAGGACAUAUAUACCUAAGCCAUGAGCGAAAAUGUCUCCAGACAUUUACAGAGAAUGUAACAGUAGCCUUAAAGUCUUCAUUUUGAUUUCACCUUUUUGUACUGGUGUGAUAAAAAUGGUAAACCUUGUUACUGGCUGCUGUACAGUUUGAACAAAAAACACAGGAAAGCACAAUCCCAAGGCCUCAAACAGCAUUUGCUGUAGUGAACUGGUGCCCAUGAAACUUUAUUUACACACCCUGCCACGAACAUGCCGAGGCGUAGAGACAGCAACACUUUGUUUACAUGCAGAUGCCUAACAUAGCUAUUCUUGUGUCUUUACCUGUUUGGGUGUGCAACACAACCUGCAAAGUUGUACCUGCUCAAAUCCCUCAACUUCAUUUACUCUGUACUCUUAUAUGUAGAGAAUUUACCUUUAAGUAGGAUUGAACUGUUGAAUUGUGGGCAAUGUUUUUUUAUUAUGGAGGUUUUGAUCAAAAUUUGUAUAAUCUGACCAUGACAGUUACACUACGUUAUGAGAACUAACAUAUGUUGACUCUGCAGAAAGAUUCUGUUUGUAAUCUUUUAGACCACUGACCUGUUUUAAUGUUUGUUGUAGAUAUCUUGUGCAUUAUUGUACACAAAUAUGUGUUUCUUCUUUGUUUCUAUGUGUCAUUACCCAAAUUUAAUACAUUUUUAGAAUAUUUUAUGUCACAAAUAUAUGCCCCACAUUUACUGUAAACUUGAUACAAGGCGUUUACGUUGCACUCCUGUUAUAUUAUUAGUAUUUCCAUACAGCAUAUUUGGGUUCAGAUUCAACAUCCUGUUGGUACACCAAAGCAAUGAAUGUAAUAAAUCUUCCAAAUAAACUCAUAUAUCAUU